GGGUGGGGCAGAAAGUUCCCAGCGGCAGAAAGUAGCUGGGCAAGGAGAAAGUUUGCAAGAAGCUGCCCGCGCGUAGGCAGGGCCCAGCGUCUCGGCUCCCUUGCCCAGGGCUCCGCGUUGCUGAGGGCUGCGGCUGGCAGCUCCCCGGGGAGCAGCAGUUUGCGGCGGGCUCUGCUGGGCACAGGGGAGGCGGUGAGAAUGGCUGGGGGCGAAGGCGGGGGCGCCAGGGUGCCUGAGUGCCGGGAGCAUCUCUUCAAGGUGCUAGUGAUCGGGGAGCUGGGCGUAGGCAAAACCAGCAUUAUCAAGCGGUACGUGCACCAGCUCUUCUCGCAGCACUACCGGGCCACCAUCGGGGUGGACUUUGCUCUCAAAGUCAUCCACUGGGACAGCAAGACCCUGGUGAGGCUGCAGCUCUGGGACAUCGCAGGCCAGGAGCGUUUUGGUAACAUGACAAGAGUGUACUACAAGGAGGCAGUUGGUGCUUUUGUGGUCUUCGAUGUCACGAGAGGCUCCACUUUUGAAGCUGUUUCCAAGUGGAAACACGACUUGGACAGUAAAGUGCUACUUCCAAAUGGCAGCCCUAUCCCUGCCGUUCUCCUUGCAAACAAGUGUGACCAGAAGAAAGACGGCAGCCAGAAUCCCUCUCAAAUGGACCAGUUCUGCAAAGAAGGUGGCUUUAUUGGGUGGUUUGAAACAUCUGCCAAGGACAACAUCAACAUAGAUGAAGCUGCUCGAUUUCUGGUGGAAAACGUCCUUGCCAACUACAAAAGCUUUCCUAGCGAAGAGAAUGAUGUGAGCAAACUAAAACUGGACCCAGACCCUUUGAGAGCAGACAGUAAAUCACAGUGUUGCUAAUGUUACCUUUACUCUUGCAUGUAAAUGAAACAGAAUGAGCAGCAAGAUUCUUGCUCCUCAGACCAGACUGCUGCUAUGGUGCUGCAUUAAGGACAAUCCAAGUGAUGGGUUUGGUUCUCUUUGAAUUGGUGAUAUUUUUGGGUGUUUACACAUUUUUGUUUUUUGUAUAAAAUUGAAAAUGUUUUAUCAUUUAUCCUCCACUAAAAGAGCAGCUGUGUCUAGCAAUUGGUUACCUUCUUCUGACAUAAAAACAGAGUGGUGUUUACACUCUGUUCUCUAAGGAAUACAGACAACAUUCAGUAUGACGCGUAUCCAGGGUAAGCGUUAGUUCAGAGGAUGAAUAUUGUGGUGUAUUCUUGACAGAAGUUGUAGCUGAAAUAAGCACUUGCCUCUUUGCCAUGAGUGUCCUUAUACCCAUGAGCUCCCACUCCUGCUUGUCUGCCACUUCUCUCACACGUAGUACUUUGUUCCUGUUGAUUUACCCCGUAAUGGGAGGACCCUUUAACUACAGCUCUCCUGGAGUAAGUGGGUCUGUUUUCCUGAACUGGACAGGGAUAGCUGAGCAGUGGCAGGAGGUCCUAUCCUUACUUUGUCACUAAGCCCCAAUACAAGGUAAGCAUACCACUUGGCAAGUAAGAACAACCAGGGAAACAAGUGUUCUAUGUGACAUGGCUACUGCAAUGAUACCGAUGCUAGCAAGUGCAUCUCCAGUUAUUAGCUGAGCAUAGUUUACUUCAAAUACUCUUAACCAGUUUGAACCUGUAAAACACAUUCCAGCACAAAUAGCAGGCUUUUCUUAGUGUAGUUCACCCAGUUAAAAUAAACCUAAGGAAGCAUCACCCGCGUGCACAUAUUAAAACUAAUGGCCAGAAAUAAUUCAUACACUAACGCUUUGAGAUGCUAGCUUUAACUUCAUCCAGGAGAGGAUUGCCAAUAAAUAAAAAUGUUCUAGUUUUGGUUACCUGUCUUAAACUGUUUUUUGUGAAACUAGCGUACAGCAUGACUAAUUUUGAAUUACUCAAAUCUUGGUCUUGGGAUACCUUUGAUUAGUAGUGCAUGGAAAAGAGGGAUGUGUCAGAUGCAACUUAAGAUGAAUUUAAGGGUUUUUUAAAUCACUCAGAUAUAGUUCUAUUACAAAGGCUUUCACUAAUUAUAAAAAUGAAUGCAUGUAAUUCACCCAUACAAAGUGGAAAUGGAAAAUGCGUUACCAAUUUUUAUAACUAAAUAUUUUGGAAUGCUAAAAGUUCAAGUGAGGAAACUCACCUAGCUUGCUUUGCCUCCUGUUAGGAGGCUGGUUAUGUGAAGUCUUGACUUCUGCAACUCAUAAAUAUGGUCAGAAUUUGGGGGGGCAGGAUGGCUGGUGAAGAGGAUUCAUUUCUCUAGUGAUUGUGGUAAUCCUACGUUAAAUGGAACUCCUGCUUUCUCUCAGUCUCUGGAUGCUGUGUUUUGCCACGUUGUUUUUGCUUGGUCUGACAUUGUUAAAGUUUAGGUCAUAAGCCUUGUCCAUGUGUCAAAGUUAGAUGCACUGUCUUUCAUACUUUCCUAUUAAAGUGAUAGGAAAGGGUUGUCAUAAGUAUAAGCGACUUUUUAAUGAGAUGCAUACAGAUACAUUCUUUAUUUUUAAACAAUAAAUAAAAAUUCAGACACACUGUCAUUA